CAUAGUAUUCUUAAUACGUAUUAUACACAACACACACAUUCGCCUUAUAGGCGAUUAUAGUUCUUGAUAUUAUAAAUGUUUAAUUCUGUUGUCCAUUAGUCAUUUCUUGUUUGUAAAAUUAUAGUAUGUAAUAUUUCUUAUAAAUCUCUAACUGCAAUGCAGUGUUCUCCCGAUAGUAUCAUCGAGUUGUCCAAAGUAUGCCGGUUAUGUUUGUCUGUUGUUGACUGGCCGAUAAGUGUAUUUGAUGAGUUAGCUGCCAAAAUAUCCCAAUGCCUCCAAAUUAAUAUAUCUCGUACAGACUCGUUGCCUAAACAAGUGUGUGUUAAAUGUAAAGACACAAUUAAUGAAUUUCACUCUUAUUACAAUAAUACCUUAGAAUGUCAAAAACAACUUGUUCGGUACAUGAAUGACUCGGUACUAGAUGCUGAAAACACUAACAACAUAGUUACUAGUGACUUUGAACCAGUGGUAACUAUUGAUUAUGAUAAUAUAGAAUAUAAAUCAGAGUUUAAUGAAUCAGAUCAUUGGCUUGAUGAAAACCAAUCUGAAAUAGAAUUAAAAUCUAUUAAACUUGAUAAGACAACUUUAGAUGGAAAUGAUAAAAAACCAGGUAAAAUUAAGACUUCUCUUAAGUCAAGGAAUAAAAUGUUUAAUUGUACUAAAUGUGAAGAGUCAUUUGAUACAAAGAAUGCUCUCAAACUACACAAAAAUGAUGUUCACCCACAUUCUGAAUACAAAUGUAAUUUUUGUGAUAAAAUAUUUGAUACUAUGUGUGCUCGACAAAAACAUAAAAAAGAAGAACAUCCUAGCAUUACUUAUUUUUGUGAUACAUGUGAAUAUAGAACUCCUUACAAAAGUCGAAUGCAAUAUCAUGAAAACCGGCACAAAAAAGUUUACAGCGUUUUUUGCGAUGCAUGUCAAGCAGGCUUUUUCAAUAAAGAUGAACUAGCUACACAUGAAAUUAAAAAUCAUGGUGCUGAACCUUACCAAUGUGAUAGAUGCAGUAAAUUAUGCACAUCCAAAACUAACUUGUAUAGUCAUAUGAAAGUUCAUACAACAUCUGCUGAAUCUGUCAGCUAUCAAUGUGAAACUUGUGGUAAAGCAUUUAGACGUAUAGGGAGUUAUAGAAGGCAUAUCCAAUCACACUUAGGCCUUAAAUAUGAAUGCUCUUACUGUAGUAAGCUAUUGAGUUCAGCACAUCAUUUAAAAUUGCAUAUUCGUAUUCACACUGGUGAAAAAAAUCAUGUAUGUGAAAUGUGUGGCAAAGCAUUUACCGUUAGCAAAUACUUAGUUGAACAUAAAAGAAUACACACAGGUGAACGUCCUUUUAAAUGUGAAUUAUGUUCUAAAGGUUUUACACAAAAGACAUCUUUAAGAAUACAUACCAGAUGGCAUACUGGUGAUCGCCCUUACAAAUGUGAUGUGUGUGAUGACCGAUUUGUUAUCAAUACAUUCUUACAAAGACAUAUUAAAAAACAUCAUCCUAACUUAAUUCAAACAGUUCAAAAUUCUAAUAUUCUUCAACAAAAUAUACUAAAUAACCCAACCUGUUUAUUAUAGUGUUUCAUUAAAAUUUUUUAUAAUUUUAUCAAAUAAUAAUUUUAUAUUCAUCUAA